AUGAAGGCUAGGAUGCUGAGGAACUUCUCCACGGUGACAGAGUUCGUCUUCUUGGGUCUGACUGAUCUCCGGGAAUUAGAGCUCCUCUGCUUCCUGGUGUUCCUGGCUGUUUAUGUGGUCACAGUGGUGGGAAACAGCGGCAUGGUGGUCCUCAUCCUGGCUACAGCCCGGCUCCACACACCCAUGUACUUCUUCCUCUGCCACUUAUCGCUCGUGGAUCUCUGCUUCUCCUCCAAUGUGACCCCGAAGAUGCUGGAAGUUUUCCUUUCAGACAGGAAAACCAUUUCCUACCCUGCCUGUCUGGCACAGUGUUACUUUUUCAUCGCCUUGGUGCACGUGGAGAUGUACCUCCUGGCCGUGAUGGCCUUCGACAGGUACAUGGCCAUCGGGCGCCCGCUGCUCUAUGGCAGCAAGAUGUCCAGGCACAUGUGCACGGCGCUUGUCCUGUGGCCUUACGUGUAUGGGGGCCUCACGGGCCUCAUGGAGACCAUGUGGACCUACAGCCUGGCCUUCUGUGGCCCCAAUGAAAUCAACCACUUCUACUGUGCUGAUCCCUCUCUCAUUAAGCUGGCUUGCUCUGACACCUCCAAGAAGGAAAUGUCCAUGUUUGUCGUGGCCGGAUGCAACCUUUCCUUCUCUCUCUUCAUCAUUCUUCUUUCCUACCUUUAUAUUUUUCGUGCCAUCCUGAGGAUCCAUUCCACAGCAGGUAGACGCAAAGCCUUCUCCACCUGUGUCUCCCACAUGACAGCUGUCACCAUUUUCUACGUGACACUCUUUGUCAUGUAUCUGAGGCCCCCAUCAGAGGAAUCCGUGGAGCAAGGGAAAACAGUGGCUGUAUUUUACACCACCGUGAUUCCCAUGUUAAACCCUAUGAUUUACAGCCUUACAAAUAAAGAGGUGAAAGAAGCCUUGGUCAAUCAGCUUUCAAGGAAGAAAAUAUUUUCCUAA